UGGACAGCUAUAGAGGGGUGCGCGUCCACUCAGAGAACAGAGGUGACAGCUGUGAAGUGAAGUGAAGAAGGCUGGCGGACAAAGCGCUGCUUAUGUUCAGGUUAAUGUUUACACUUGGCUCGGGCAGGAUCUUGUCCAGCUACAGGCCGCAUAUGCCCGGGCUGAGCAGUCUGCUGCUCCUGUCUCCGACCUCCAGGAAUCACUUGUCUAAAAUGUCUUCAGAUUCCCACUGGCUUUCUCCUGCAGAGCGGGAGGAGAAGGUGAUGGAGCUAAGGUCCACUGGCUGGAUGGAGGUGGAGGACCGUGAUGCCAUCUUCAAAGAGCUCCACUUUAAAUCAUUUAAUCAGGCCUUUGGCUUCAUGUCCCGAGUGGCUCUGCAGGCAGAGAAGAUGAACCACCACCCAGAAUGGUUUAAUGUUUAUAAUAAGGUCCAGAUUACACUGACCACACAUGAUUGUGGAGGACUGUCAAAAAGGGAUGUCAAGAUGGCCAAGUUUAUUGACAACAUUUCUCUCUCUGUUAUAGAGUAAUUGUUCUUCUGUUUUUUUUUUUUCAUUUUCAUCAAACCUUUGUAAUUCCACUGUAUCCAUCUCAGCAUCUGUCUUAAAUACAGUUAAUAAGAAAAAGAAA